AUGGCCACUCGGCUCCUCAGGCUCAACCGACCAGUGUCUGAGAGGAAUUGGAGUGCUUUUGCUUUGGUCCACACGAAGCAAAGAAACCGUCUUCUAUAUGGCAAGCUGCACAAGCUUGUAUCUGUGCGCUACAACUUGAAGAUACAUGCUGAAGAAGAACAAGACCCGGUGAGAGAGAAUGAUAAGCAGAAGGAAGUUGAUGCAUGUGCAAUGAUGAUGGAUACAACCAUGUUUGAUGCAACAAAUCCUAUGAUGGAAUGGUUGAAUGAGGAUGAGGAGCAUGCAAUCUUGGAUGGAGUUAAUGCUGCUAGCGCCAUGUUUGAGAAAAUACGUUUGCUUAACUCAAGUAGGAAAGUGUCUCGUCUUGCAAGGAAGGACAAUGGAAGGAAAAGAAAGAGGGUAGAGGAAGAAGAGGAUGACUACCAUGAUAGUGAGGAUGAUGAUGAAGAAAAUGAGGAGGUGGACCUCGAAAUUGAUGAUGAUGAUGAUAACCAUGAUGAUGGUGCAA